UGCGUGAAGGCGUCGCGCUGCACGGGCAGCUACACGGCCCUAAAACUACAUUUCCCUCUGCAGUCGGCUUCGCAGUGUUGUCCGCGGCUAACCAGAGCUUGGGCAUAUUGCAAUAACUCUGUUUGUAAGCAGCUGCCUCGUCGUUGGGCGUCAAACUCCGAUCCAUGUUUAUUGCUGACAACUGACAGAAAUGUCAGAGACAUCAAGUGAUGCAGAGUCGUCGUGUGGCUGGACCAUUAUUAGUAAUGAGGGUUCAGAUAUCGAGACUUUGGGAUUAGAGGCGGCAGGGGAAUAUGGAGCUGAACUGCUAGAGCGCCAUCCAGUGGAGGAAACAAAGCUGCAGGACACACAGGCCUCUUCAUCAGCUGCUGAGUGUGUUGAGGAGAGGGUUGCUGAUUCUCUUGAUGACACUCUGGGAGAACAGACCAUAGAUGAGACACUGUAUGCUUCAGAGGUGGGACACAACACCACAGGGAAACAGCACGUGACUCCGUUGUCCUCCAGCGAUCACUCAGACAUCGUGACUCUGGGAGACUUGAAGGAGAACGAUCAUGUCGAGGUGGAAGAGGAGGCAGCGGUCAAUGAGGAGUUCUACCUCGGCACCUCCUGCAGCAGCCAGUACGCCUUCACUGCUGCAGAGACUGCAGGUUUGAUGUUAAGUCACUGGAAACUUCCACAGAGACUCAUGAACUUAGGCUACCAUCUGAGAAGUCAGCUGACUGGAGGUCGCUCUUUUCCAGUUUUCCCAGUGCAGCAGUCUGCAGUGACAAACUCGAGCAGCAGUGAGGACGAGGCAGGACGAAGCGGCAGCACUGUUGUCCGAAGACGAAGGUUGCGAAAGAAUGCCACGAACAUUGUGACGGACCCUGAAGAGGAGGAGGAGGAGGAGGUGCUGGAGUCUGGCCUGAGUGAUGAGGAGGAGGAGGAAGGUGAGGCGCAGCAGGAGGAGCAGGCAGAAGUUAGACCUGCUACUGCUGCUGCUCCGGGUGUUCGGGUGCAAGGCCAGGGCAGCAGCAUCCUCAACAAGUGUAUCCUGAUCGCCCUCGUCGUAGCCAUCAGCAUGGGCUUUGGACACUUCCAUGGCACGGUCCAGAUCCAAGAAAGACAGAAAACUGUGGACAAAAUCCGAGUGAAUGAACUCGAUGGUGUGCGAGAUCUGCUUCACCGACAUGUUAGAGGGCAAGCUGACCAGGUCCAGAGGGGUGACUUUGGCCUGGAUGACCUGGAUGAGCAAAAAGUAAUUUCAUUGCUCACAGAGGUGAUUAAGAAGAUGAAGAAAGAGAAUCAGGAGCUCAACAUGGAGACUGCAUCCAUUCAGGCCCAGAGAGACGACCUGGAAAUGUUGCUGAAACGGCAGGCUGAGGAGAGGUCUAACAUUGUGUCUCAACAGCAGAUGCUGGCAGCUGAGAACCAGCUGCUGAAAAGCUCCCUGGAACAAGAAGAAAAGUCCCUGUCGACCUUACAGGAGGAGCUGAGAAACUUGCGCUCUCAGAUUAGAGAUCUGGAGGCGAUGGGAACUGGUGCUGACUCACUGCUGUCAGAAAACCAGGGGCUGAAAGAGAAGCUGGAGGAGGAGAAACAGCUGAUCCGAAGUUUCCACAGCCAGAGGGAAGACAUGGUGGCUGAAGCACAGACCCUGAAGAAAAAACUCGACAGGGAGAGAAAGGUUACGGAUGAGCUGAGGAGAGAGUUAAAUCUGCUGCGAAGUCACAUCCCAAGAGCUGGAAAGGAAGCUGGCUCAGAGGGAGAAGAGCUACAGUCCCGUCUGAUGGAGCUGGAGCAGAGGUUGAGCUUUGAGCAGCAGCGCUCUGACCUGUGGGAGAGGUUGUACGUGGAAACCAAAGAAGAAAGAGCCAAAGGAGACACAGAGCCUAAAGUGAAAAAACCAAAAGAGGGCAUGGCAGGGAAAGUGAAAGAGACAUUUGAUGCUGUGAAGAACUCCACUAAAGAGUUUGUCCACCACCACAAAGAGCAGAUAAAGAAAGCAAAGGAAGCUGUGAAGGAGAACCUCAGGAAGUUUUCAGAUUCUGUCAAAUUAACUUUCCGAAACUUCAAAGACUCGGCUUCGACUUUCAUCAACAAAGCCAGAGGCUUUUAUGAUAAGAGACGCAAUGAUAAAAAUUCAAAAGAGUCGUGGCAGCACAGAUCCAACAGGCCUCAUAACAGACAGUGGAACAAAUUUGACCAGUUCUUCCAGAGCAACCACAACACUCGAAAAUCAGGGGGGAAAGUUCACGAAGAUCGAGGUCAAAACACCCACAAGUCCAACUUGAAAGGAUGCUCUGGGGUUUUCGACUGUGCCUACCAGGAGUCCAUGAGUCUCUUCAACAAAGCCAUGGAGCCGAUCAGAGCAGAUGAAUUUAACCAGCUGCUGCAGAGCUACCUGCAGCAGGAAGUCGACCACUUCCACCACUGGAAAGACCUGGAGAUGUUCAUCAACAACUUCUUCCACAAUGGGGUGUUCAUCCACGACCGGAUGCUGUUCACAGACUUUGUCAGCGGUGUGGAAGACUACCUGACCGACAUGCACGAAUAUCACGGACUUGAUGACGAUGUGUUUGAAGAUCUUGAUGACUACGUUUACCGGCACUUCUUUGGAGAGUCUUACACAAAAAACCAUGGCCCAACCGGGCCGUUUCAAAGACACGACUCUAAGGAGGAGUCGAGGGCGAAGCAUCAGCAGCGAAAGCAGCAGAGAGCCAGAUCUCGACCACACAGUGAACGCAAGUGGAGCCGAUCAGGAAGAAACACAGACAGACACAUGGCCGAUGUGAAAAUAGAACUGGGUCCCAUGCCGUUUGAUCCCAAAUACUGAAGAUAUCUCGACUGGUUUAACGUUAUAGUUGCAAAUUCUUUUUUGGGUUGUAUUUAGAUGCAAAGUCUUCUUUUUUUUUUGUAAGUUUGCACAACGUUGUCUUUUUAAUGCUACUGAACGUCCUCGAGCUCUUUGUGUUAAAUGAAGUAAUCGUUGUUAGGUUUGAGUGGAGAAGAUGUGGCAUAUGUUACAUGGACAACAUGUAUGAGUUCAUUUUACAAAUGUUAACAAAGUUAAACGCACUUAUUUUGGCCUGUAAAUUAUGGAUCCGAUGAAGAUUUCCUGCUGAAACACCAUUGAUUGCUUAUCUUCAAAGAUAGCACUUUAGAAAUACACAUAAAAUGUGAAUUGGGAACCAAACUAUGUAAAAAAACAAAAACAAACUGAAAGACAUGCCACAUUUUGAAUGUUUUGGUGUACAGUCAUGUAGUUUUUAAGUUGCUGCUACAAGCUUGUGUGACCAGUUGUAAUUUGCUUUCUGUGUUAAAAUGCAGUUUCCUAACAUUCCACCUCUAGCUUGUUUUAACUGGACAUAGCAGCUUUAUUUGUUUUAUUUACAUGU